AGAGAAAGCGGUGUGGGGAUCCCCGAGAGAGAGAGAGAGAGAGAGCGAGGGCGGCCGGCUGUGAUCCCUCCUACCCGGGAACAGACAAUGAAGCAUUCUUCAUAUAGACCUUCAGCACAGCCAUUCCUGUCACAGAGCGCCAGAAAGCCCACAGUGAUGAACUCUGGGAGUUUCAGAGACCUGCGCCCCCUCACUCGCGGAAUCAUGUUUGCUGGGCGGCCUUUGUCCUCCACAACUAGAAGUGUGUCUCGUCCUAGUACUUCAUCUUCUGUGAGAUCUUCCGUGUCAUCUUCGGUCCUCUCUGUCCCCGAUCCCAAUCUCACCUCUCAAGAAAUCGAACAAAUAAUAUUCCAAAGAGUCAACGUGAUUGAAGAAGAUUUAAAAAAUGCCUUCAUGACUUUGGAUGUUGAUCAGAUGCUUUCCGUCACCAAGGGGCAACUGAACCGAGUUCUGAAAAACUUUGUCAUAACACUGACCCAGUCUCAGUUUGAUGACCUACUGGCAAUGAUUCCCGUCAAUGCUAAUGGCACCAUUCCAUAUCUUGACUUUUUGGCCAGAUACCACCGAUCCGGCAGCAGCAUGUCCCGGGUUAAGAGGAGAUGGAGCUAUUCCCAGGCAAAUCAAGUAAUGACACUCAGUGAGCUUGAAGCCCAACUGAAGCUAAUGAUAUCCAAGAAUCUGAAGAACAUUGUCAGGUCCUGUCGACUGUUUGAUUAUAACCAAAAUGGUCAAAUUCAAAAACAUGAACUGCGGCGUGUUCUGGAAAACUACUGCUUCAAGAUGAAGAAUGCGGAGUAUGAAAAGCUUUGGAACCGAUAUUGUAUAAGCAAAAAACACACUCUGGACUACAAAGAACUGCUACGAAACCUUGGGAUUAAUGUAGAGCAGCAAAACAAAUCAGUACAAGAAAAUGUUGCUCAAGCAUUAAACUGGGAGGCCACUAAGUUGGUGCAAGAGAAGCAAAAGGGCUGGAGACUGCCUUCUACACCUAGUAAGAUUGAUGCAGAGGCCUUCACCCUUGAAGAACUAGAAGCAGCAUUUAGGAAGAAGAUCUCCUCCGCACACCCAGAUCUUGUGAAGGCUUUCAGAUCGUUUGACGUAGAUCAGACUGGAUGUGUCUCUCUGGAUGCCUUAAAGUCAGUCAUUAAUAACUUCAUCUUCCUGCUACCAGACCAAAUAUUUCAUGAGUUAAUGAGCAGGUUUAAAUUCAAUGCCACAGACACAGUCUCCUGGGAACAGUUCCUGAAAAAGUUUCAGGGACCUCCCAACAUUGAAAAUGGCCAGACUCUGCCGAUCAAGUCAAAUCACAGGGUGAGUCCUGUGAAAAUAAGAGAGGAAUCAUUCUCUAAUGAUCACAUUCUUCAGAAACUUCACCAACACUUCCAGGAAGCCUACCCAUCCCUGAAACAGGCCUUUCUUAUACUUGAUGAGGGACGCAAAGGCAAAGUGAGCAGGAAGGAGCUACGCCGUCUCGUCGAUUGCAUGAUGUUCCGCAUCACAGACGAGCAGUUCAAACAGUUAAUGAUCAUCCUGGACCCGGAACACACCGGAUUCAUCAGCUACCACCAGUUCCUGGACCUGUUUGAAGAAAAGGAAUCUGUUACAGGUCACAAGUGGUUAAAUAAUACCAAGCAACCAGUAAAGGAUACAUCAGUAGAGUUGUCUUUGGAGACGAUGGAACAUAUUCUCCACAAUAAGAUCAAUGCGCACUUGAAGGAUGUGUUUAAAUCUUUCCUGUCACAUGACCCUAAAGGUUCAGGGAUCAUCUACAAGGAUCAAUUGAAGAAAAUCCUUCAGACAUACUGCCCGUCUUUGUCAGAUGACCACUAUAAUAUGAUGUGUGACCGGUAUGGGGAUAGCUCCUCCGAGGGCAUUGCGUACAUGGAUCUGCUGCACAAUAUCGGAAUCUCUGUCUCAUGCGCUGAUGACAUCAAUGGUGUGAGCACUGACAUCCUAAAGAGAAAUCAAUACCAGGAGGAACUAAGACAGUCUGAUCAUUGUGACAGAAUGAGGGAGAUUGAAAACCAAGCCAGCACUUUAUUGCGGAAUUUUACUGUGGACGAGGUGAUCGACAAGCUGAAACAAUGUAUGACAAAGAACGGAUUUACCGUCAAGGAAAGCUUUCUAGCCUGCAGCAGGCAGCCAGAUGGAAAAGUCUCAUUGAAAGAUUUCAGAAAGGUUCUGCGGGAUCAUGAGCUGCAUCUGGAGGAAGAUCAGUUUAAGGCCUUAACCAAAAAAUUGGGAUUUACAAAAGACGGCCUUAGUUACCUGGAUUUUGUCUCAUUGUUUGAAGUCCCAUCAGGACAUGGACCUGGCGAUACGUUACAUAACAGCCCCAACCAUCGUGUUAAUAACGCCAAGCUCCAUUACAUGACAGCAGAGGAGUGUCUCAACCAGUUCCUGAGCAAGUUUAGAGAAGUCUAUGGGGACACCUACACCGCUUUCUAUAAAAUGGACAGUAACCGAGAUGGCAUAAUGACAAUGCAUGACUUCCGCCGUCUCCUGGAUAGCUUCAUGUUUCUCAUCACCCAGAAAGAGUAUGAGCGUUUACUAGGACUGCUGGGUCUCAGGUUAACCUCCUCUCUAAAUUAUAUGGAGUUCUUGGACUUGCUACGUAGGCAAGAAAAAGAGGACUUCCCUCCUUGGCUCAACUCAUACUACACGCCAAAACAAAGCCAAGACUGUGCAGAUUUGGCUUGUGAGCAAGCUCAUUACUAUCUGGUGACAAAGGCACAAAGCAGAUGGCAUGACUUAGCGAAGACCUUCUGUGAAAUUGACAGCGAAGGAAAUGGCAUCUUACAGAAGAAAGAUCUGAGGAAUGUUUUGUAUAGGUUUUCACUUCCUAUAACAUCUAGCGAAUUUGAAAAACUCUGGACCAGGUAUGAUCCGGAAGGAAAGGGACACCUCACCCAUCAGGAGUUCUUACAGAGAUUAGGAGUGGACUUUGCACGUGGAGACAGCGGUCCAAGCAAACGUAUUGUAGAAGACAACCAGCAGGCUUUAGAGAAACAUUACAACUCACAGAAGAAGCUCCACCAGGACAUGCAUGCCUUUCACAAGCAUCAGACCCAAGCUCUGAAUAUCAAAGAUAUCGAACAACAGGUCAAAGACAAGUUCAGAGAGUAUUAUUCCGACUUUGCUGCAGCCUUUGCUAGAAUAGAUAAAAACAAGGAUGGAUUGAUCUCUGUUCAGGACUUCCGAAGCAUGAUUCAGGAGCUGAACUUUGACCUCAGUGAUGAUCAGUUCCUCAAUCUCUUAUACAGGCUAAGGUUGAGAGUGAUAGACAGCAAGCUGUCCUAUUUCGACUUUUUAAGGAUGAUUGAUGAUGGAAGGGCUUCUAAGUAUGGACAAAGGCAAGAGCAGAUCGUGCCAACAGAGGACCUACAAACUCUCAGCCCACAGAAGAUCCUUGUUAGGCUGAAAGAAGCAGUAAAGGCAUCACAGGACAAGCUGUAUAAAGCAUUUUCCUCGUUUGAUAAGGACGACACCGGAACAAUAAAGCCUUUUGAAUUACAUCGAAUUCUUGACAGUUUCUGUUUUAAGCUAACGGACAAGCAAUUCAUGUACCUGCUGAGCAAACUGUCGCUGAACGAGGAGCGCACAAUAGACUGGAAGGAUUUCCUACACAAUUUCUCCAGCUCUGAGCCUGUUUCCACCUGGGUGGACAGAGUGGAGAGAGCCGUCAGGCCAAGAUCUGGGCAAAAGCUGACAAUGAAGGACAUCUUCACACACAUUCAAGAAAUCAUCACGGCGCGCUUUAACUCCAUCGCUCAGGAGUUCCUAAACAUAGAUUAUGCUGGCAUUUCCGUCAUUUCCAAAGAAGACUUCCGUGAGCUUUGUAACAGGAAUUUCAUGUUGCUUACAGAUAACCAGUUUGAAAAUCUUUGGAACAGCUUGCCCGUAAAUUCAUACGGAAAUCUCAGAUAUCAUGAUUUUUUGAGGAAGUUCAACUAUGGCAUCCCAGAAACACCUUCACAAGAUCAAUUAUCAUAUAAUACAGAACCAGCCCCUAAGUCAUCAACCACAAAGAGCCGAGCUUCUUUGAUCAUACGCCCCAAAACGGCUCCAGCCAUUGCUAGCAAACCUACAACUCCUAUACAGAGGCCACGUACCGCAGCCCCUCCUUCUACACCAAUCAUAAACUGUGAGCGGAUAGAAAGCAGAUUAAAAACAAAUCUUACCAAAUGCUGGCAAGAUGUACAUAAAGCUUUCCGGGAAAAAGAUCCUGAAAAGCAGGGAGAAGUUUCUGCUUCUGAUUUCUCAGAUGUCAUGAAAAGAUUUAACCUGGAUCUGAUGAAGCAAGAACUGGAGCAGUUAACGCUGAAAUAUGAUUUAAGAAACAACGGAAAUUUGUCAUACACAGACUUCCUGCGCAAUGUUACACUUGGACCAAAGCAGCAAGGAUCAGCUCUCUUGCAGAGGGUAAAACUGCAAAAGCCAAGGAUCCCGAUGAGCACGGGAUUGCAUGGUGCCUUAUUCACAGAUGCCAUACUCAGAAUCCAGCCAAAGAUAGUAGAUUGCUGGAAACCAAUGAGGAGGGCCUUUCAGUCUUAUGAUGAUGCAAGAACAGGGUAUAUAAGCAUUACGGAUUUUAAACAGGUCCUACGGAAAUUUGGCAUCAACCUUUCCGAAGAAGAGUUCUUCCACAUUCUGGGUUUCUUUGACAAAGAUUUAAAAUCCAAAGUCUCUUACAAUGACUUUUUCAGUGAGUUUCUGAGAUAAGAAAGUAAAACAAUUUUGCAACA